UUGCUUCCAUUACAUCACACCGCUACCUCCCCGCCAGCCCUAUAUCCGCGACUACAACAUACGUGGGCCCGACUACAGACGUGGCUGUCAAACGAGUUCACUGAAUUAGGGGAUACAUUGAACUACGGCGCCCCUCCCGACAUACUAGCCUCCGUGGAGGAACAGCUGGGGACUCCAUUGCCAUCAGCCGUACGAGAAUCGUACUCGAUUGUUGAUGGGCAAGAGCCCGAAUCGUCAAGUGGAUGCUCCGAGGGCCUCUUCUUUGGCCUGGCAUUGUUGUCCCUGGAAGAUUCUCUUGCAGAAUGGUCUUUCUGGCGCGAAGUUGAUGGUGAUCCGUCCACUGGAGCCAAUGCUCACCUUCGGUCCCAAAUGCAUUCUGUCCCCCCAAACUGGAUCAAACAAGAAUACUCAUGUCGAGGCUGGUUACCCCUUGCGACCGAUCGAGCUGGCAAUUAUUUGGGGGUUGAUUUAGACCCUGGAGAGGGAGGUGCCUAUGGACAAGUGAUUAUAUUUGGUCGCGAUUUCGACACGAAGGUGGUCCUCCGAAGGGGAGAAGGAGAAGGAGGCUGGGCAACAUGGCUUGCAUCAUUCGUUGAUGAUAUCGAGAACGGUACAGGGUACGAGGUAACUGGUCAGCAGAGCGAUGAGGGAAGCGACGGAAGUGACGAUAAUGUGGGCUUCGAAGGCUACUUCUUUAACCCAAGCGGAGGAGCCCGGGGUCAUGGUGGAGCGGAUGGCGGUCAAACCUUAAGGUUGAACGGACAGUAUAAAGGGUGGAACGUCCUAGAGGCGUGGGCGGACAAGAGCACUCGAGCAUGGGCACAGAUUGGGAUGGGUUUGGAGAGUUCCGAGCCUGUAGAAAGUCAGCAGGGAACAGGCCUCGGCAUGGGGCUGGGUGUGUUCCCCAUGGCGAGCCGCUCCGGUGCGGAAAUCCCCAUCCCGGACGCUAUCGAAUCGAACCCUGUAACCAGCGACGCCACGGUUCAUCAUGGAAUUUCGACAACUAUGUUACAUCCCCCGCAACCUAUCGAACUGCCCACGAGAUCAGAUAUAUCC